GCUUUUUGAUGAUACACAAACAUGGCAGCGUACGUAUGCACGAGAUUUUGUAUAAGCAAAUCUAGAGACUCGAUUAGAUUUUUUCAGCGACGCUACCGAGUUAAAACCAAAUGGGCAGCAACAAGGCCCAAGUUUCCAGCUACUGAACUUGCUCUGCACAACUUUGACACAAGCUACAGUAUACUGUUAAGGGAACAAUGGCCCUCUGUUAGAGUUGCCAUGCUGUGUGAACAAAAGUAUGGAGCGCUGAUAAACGGUUUCUCUUCAGCACCCAAUGUAAUAACCGAAUUAGAAGCUCAAGGAUGUGAAGACUUCAUCACUAUUGACUGCACCAGAAAUGAAGUCCAUCAGUCUUCAUUGGACUCCACAAACUCACACAGGGAUUCAGUGGAGAUGGAACCAGCUGCUCUUCAACCCAGUAUAAGUUCUGAUAUAAAAUGUCUUGUUUUUCCCAAAGGAGACAUAUCUAGAUUUAAGCCAGCUGGACCUGACAGCAGUGGCAUAUUGGGAUAUUAUCUUCUGGAUGCUGCCUCAGUGCUGCCCGUUUUAGCGUUGGACGUCCAGGCAGGACACACAGUAUUGGAUCUAUGUGCAGCUCCAGGAGGGAAGACUCUCGCUCUCCUGCAGACACAUUCAGUCAGUUGUCUGUGGGCGAACGACUUGUCAGGUUCCCGCACAGCGCGAUUACGCAGAACUCUUCAGAGCUACCUGCCUAAAGAGUUCCUAGACGAAAACAAAAUCCACGUUACUUCCAUGGAUGGUCGGCAGUUAGGCAUGACAGAGGAGAAAAGCUUUGACAGAGUGCUUGUAGAUGUCCCUUGCACUACAGACAGACACUCUGCAAUGGUGGAAGAGAAUAAUAUAUUCAAGAGGUCCAGGACCAAAGAGAGACAGAAGCUUCCCCUCUUGCAAACACAGCUGCUUCUGGCAGGGAUCCAGGCCACGCGGCAAGGUGGAAACAUAGUGUACUCUACUUGUUCUCUGUCCCAGCUGCAGAAUGAGUGUGUGGUACAACAGGCCAUAAAUCUCGCCCAGCAGGAGCUGGGAAUCACCGUGCAGGUUCAGGACCUCAGAUGGUUUGCGCAACGCUUUUCUGGCACUUUCCACUUUGCACCGCAGUUAAGUGUCGGGGAGUUGGCUUUACCACACUUGUGCGCUAACUUUGGACCAAUUUAUAUGUGUAAAUUGGAACGAAUGAACUAGGUGGGCAGUCGGAUAUUAGCCCAACUAACAUUAUCAUACAUUUUUUGCUUCGGUAGUGCCCCCUAGUGGCCAUGCUUGAGACUUUUUCAGCCUAUGAUGCUGACAUAAAUCCACUGAAAAUGUAUUGUACAGGAAAAUCAUGCCAUUGUUGUUAUUUUUAUUAAAUUGUUAAUAAAGUCCAGUGUUGUGCAAAAAGA